GAGGUCAGUCAGUCUCCCCACUGCCCGGGAGAGCUUUCUCCAGGUCCAGCCGCUGGGACCCUGCCCACUGGCUGUGGGGUGGGACGGGACCGUGAGGUGGUCUCCGCCACCCAAACAGCAGGGGUCUCCGAGCACACAGGCUGUGGGGGCUUCCGUGGAGGAGCCUGGGGGGGUCUGCUUUAACUUCCUUAAACAUUUCCAGGCCAUGCCUGCCUGUUCGUGGGUUAGAGCAUCCCCUGGAAAUCAGGCUCGGGAAUCCUGCUUGUGGGGAUGGCCCUUUGCCUAGCACUGUGCCGUGCUGUUGGCAGUCACCAGCUUUCUGUCUCACAGCCCAAAUACUUGAAAGAUUCUGUGACUGUCCUUCUCAUUUUGUAGAUAAGGAUCACUGAGGCCUGUGCCGGGUAAGUGGCCCGGUCGGGUCCCCAAGCUGUAAGGCAGCAGCAGUGGGAGUCCAAUCCAGGCCAGCUGGCCCCACGAGGGUGCCCAGCUGCCACCCUGCCUGCCUCUUCACAUGCCUGUGGGUGACUCUCAUGGAGGCUUGAGACCCCCUCGGGGGUGCCGGUGCCAUCACGUGUGGACACUAGAGCAACUUGCACUGGAGACACGAGAGCUCCUAAGAGGCAGCUGAGGGGCUCUGCGGCUGAUGGGAAGUCAGCACGUCAGUUGCCCCCUGUGAGUCUGUCUUUGGAGCCAGGACUGGGAGCACUCUCGCCCUACCCCUGGAGGUAACUGAAUGACAUGCUGGUUCUGCCCGUGGGGUCUGUGCAUAGGCCGCAGGGCCUGGGAUUCCAGAGAUUAUUAUACAGAAACACUGUGUUUGUGUUGGUGCAGAUUCUGGGAGUAAUCCACAGACUUCACGGUGUUUCAGGUUGAGCGGCAGAACCCCAAAGGGAAAUCCACUGAAAAUGCCUCUAGUCUCCUCUUAGGCCAUCCUGGAACACAGAGGCUAAGUCUGGACGCCAUCAGUUCGCCUCACCUGGCAAGGUUGCACUGGCUGAAUUAUGUACUGGGAUAUUGCUCACCUUGAAGGAUGUUUGAGAAUACAGCCCCAGGGCUCUCUAGAAAACCCCUCAGGAGAAAUCUGGUGCUGAAGUCAAUAUCAGAAGUAGCUGGGUACUUCUUGAGCUGAUGCUUUAAUCUUCAUCUCAUGGAUCCUACAAAAUAUAUAAAUUGCAUAUUUCUCUUUUCCCAUUGGCUUCCAGGUAGCUCUGACUUAUAUGCGUAGCCCAGGAGUGGUUUGGUGCUUGUACACUGACCUGGCUUCUAGUUCUUUCAGACUUUCAUAUUCUUGUUUUUCACCUGCCUUAUUUCAUUGCCACAUUUUCCUUAAGAAGGGAAAAACCUUGCUGUUUUAUGUGAUUUAGCCGUAACUAAACAAACAUCUAUGGUGGAUUCGUGCUGGCCACUGCCAAUGUAGGGAUUAAGCACUUCCUUUCUGCAGUCUCCAUCCUAGAGGCCUGUUUGCCAACUCCUCCCUCCCUGUCCAGUUGGCCCUGCCCCUUGCUCCAUGUCCUCUGGGCCCCAGAGCCUUGGGGCCCCUCCAGACUGGCUCCUGGGUCUGGUUAGAAAUAUGAUAUUCAGGUUUUUUUCUUUGCUUUCUCUAGGUCCCUAGAACUUCACAAACUGUUUUUUUUGGGGGGGAGAAAUAGCUGGAAGAGCAGUCAUUUCCCCAAUUCAGGCCUCUGCUGUGCCCCCACAGCCUCAGGUCCCCUUUGAGGUCUCACUCUUUUUCAGCAGCCCCAGCUGACUGCUGUCCUUCGGGGUCUGCCUGAGCAGAAAGAACACCAUUCUGGUGGAAAGGUAGUGACUUUGACCCUGGUUCCUUGGAAAUGGAGGAGGAGAAGGUUGGCUGGCAGUGCUGGGGGAGCAGAAUAGUUGGCACAGGGAAGUGCCAGUGCUGAUUUUGGGGGCCCCACCCUGUCAUUAGUCUUCCAGUUCUUGCAUGGGUGGCUUCACUCUGUCCCAAAAAGUUAAUAAAUUCAAACUGAACCAAAAAGCUCUGUGUAAACUGUGCCUUCCUUGCAUCCCCAUCUCCUCGCUCCCCUUCUGGGGCUCUACAAUUACUGGCUCAGCACAUGUUUUUUCAGUGGUUGUUUACACACACACACACACACACACACACACACACACACACACAUUCCUGUUCGAAACCCAGAAAUGGCAGUAUACUAUUGCACAUGUGUUUUCUGGCCCUAGCUUUUUUUGGUUAAUAAUAUAUCAUGGGUGAUGUCUGCGGAAACUUCUCUGAUAGCGUUACCUGCAACGAAAAUCCUGGGGUUGGGCUAGUGCUACUUGUAGGUUUCUGGACCUCCGAAAGUCCACCCAUGGGUGUCCCUUCUUUCCCCUAGAGACUUGACCUCUCCAAUUGUGUGUGUAAAACUGUGGGCACAAAGGGAUCUUUCUGAGAGGAGGGAUUGUGUCUCUCCAAGGGGCCUGUGGCCCAGAAAAGGCAGAGUCACAGCUCUGGGUGGCCUGAGAUUUCAUAGAGGGGGGAGGCAUGAGGUUGAGGGCAGGUGGUGCUGAUUCAGCAGAGGGCACAGCCCCUGGACUGCGCCAGCCAUGGAUCAGGCUGAGGUGGGGGGCAGAGUGCUCUCCCAUCCCUGGUAUCUUCUCGGAAGAUGACUGGGGCCUUCCCACUCCCAAAGAAGGGUCCCUACCUUCAGAGAGAAUGGCCCUGACUCUGAGAGUGGCGUAUGGGGCCUUCCUGGGCUCAGAAACCCCCUGUGGUCAGACCUGGGAGGCCCUUAGGGUUGCUGGAUCUGUUGAAAAACUGAGACACAGAGCCCAAAAUCACCAAGCCAGGGAAAGGCAGAGGCUGUGGGCUGCUCCUGCCUGUGAUGAUCAGUUCACUGUUCCUUCCCUUGCCAGAGCAGAAUGAGACCAGGGAGAAGCCCUGCAAAUGAGGUUUGGCUGCCUGUUGCUGCUUGCCUCUUGGUGUGUGCAUAAGGAAGAGGAGGAGCACAGAGCAGAAGUCAUAGCCAGGGUGGGCGUGUAAUCAUCACAUCUCACUGCAUCCUGCAACAUCACCUCCCGUUGGCUGCAUCUUCACACUAAGCAGCUGCCGACCAGCCAGGAAUUCUGAACACAGCAAAGACGCAGGGCUAAGAGGCUGCACUAUAGGAUAUGGCCACUAGAGGGAAGCAGGAAAACCACUGCACUAGCUCAGCGUGAGAAAGUUCGAGGCCUGAGAGAGGAGCCAGGGAAGAAGGGGCAGUGGGCAGGGGCCUGCUUGGCAGGGGUCUGGGCACAAUGAUGAGAGAGACUGUGUACCAGAGCCAGUGGUGAUUUGUUCUGGGGCAUCUCCCCAAGACAAAAGAGCAAAUAAUACAUUUAAUGAUGGUAACAGUAGGUUACAUUCAUUGAAUGCUUACUAUAUGCUGGACUCCAUUAACACAUCAAUCCUCACAACAGCCUUGUUAAAAUUAUCUGCACUUUUCAGGGGAGAGAACAGAGGACAAGAGAGAUGAAGAAACCUGGCCUUCUAGGGGGCUGGUGUCAGAGCCCACGUCCAAGGCAUGAGGCGGUGCCCUAUUCUACACCCGGCACUGAUGAAAUGCUUUAAGUCCUUCAGUUCUAUGAGAUACCCACUUUACAUGUGGGGAAACUGAGGCGCAGAGACAGUCACCCAGGCCCACACACCUGCUAAGUGACAUCCAGGUGGGCGUGGUUCCAUGACUUGAGCUCUCAGCUCUGAAUUACAGUUCUCCAGCAUAGAGGUGUCCCAUCUGCCCGCCCCAUGUGGUGGUGCUCUGUGCCUUAAUAUCAAUGUGGCUGACACUGCAAUCUGAGCUUCCUGUUUCGAGUGGGAGUUCACCGACUCCCGUGCCUUCCAACAGAAGUUACAGAUUCUGGGCCUCAGAUCUGCCUGGCUUUUGACUAACCAGAGGUGUAGGGAAGCCAUUGCCAGAGGAUGCUUGAAGCUCAGGGAGGGGACCUGGGACUCAGAGUCUAGCUUAGAGGUCGAGGGUGUUGAGGAUUCUCUUGCAGUGACCAAAGCUCCCCUGGGAACAAUGAGACCUGGCCCUAGGGCCUCUGGUUUUCAGGGCAUAUGCAUUUAGCAUACCAAGGAGGCUUGGCCAGCCCUGGGCCCUGCUCUGCCAGGCUGGCAGGACAGCGGGGACAUUUCUGGGAGGACCUGACUUCCUCCAUCUUCCUGUUCCCAUGCCCUGGUUUUGCCCUUCUGGGGGGAAGGGGACGGCUGGCCACUGGGCUCUUGAACACAUCCCCCCUCCUUGGAACCCAAGCUGCACCUUAUGAAUCUGAGUCCCACUUUCUUAGAGAUUUAUAACAUCAAGAUGCUUCAUGACUUCUGAUUCAUUGGCCAAGGCAACAGCUUCCAAUCCAGCCUUAAGUUUCUCUGGGUGGGGGUGAGCAGGGACAGUGGAGGAAAGAAACAGAAAUGGUCCCCUCCCUGUCCUCUUCAUCCUGUUUUUAGGGACAGAAUCCUGUAGUUACAUGAAGUCCCUUUAAGGGUUCUGUUUCUCAUCUCGACAAGGCCAAACAGGGAGGAGUGUGAGCGGAACAGAGAUCAGGAGCAGGAUUCAGGGGGAGGAUUGGAUUCCAGAGCACAGCGACUGGGCUGGAAUCCUGGCUCUGCCCCUUGCUAGAGGUGCGACCUUGGGAAAUCUUUCUCACCUUGCAGAGCCUCAGCUUCCUUACCUGUAAAAUGGGGAUGUGACGGCAUCAGUCUUAUGAGGUUGGCAGGAGGGCAGGACGAGCCGAUGCGUGUGAAGGGAGCAUGUGCCCGGGAGAAACGUCGUGAAUGCCCAGGAAGUGCUCCCUUGUCUUUGUGCUGUUUUACCCAUAGUGCCUGUCUCAUGCUGGGUGGCUGACAGAUGUGAAAAAAGACAAAGUGAGUACAAACAAAUGCAAUGGCAUUGCAACUGAAGUAUAGGGCCCCGAAAUAUUAGCUGGCACUAUUAUUGAUGGCGUUCCCUACCUGUUCUUCCAAGGUGUUUGUGUUUGUCUCAGGUUACUCAGGCAGGGCAGGCCUGCACUCUGCAGGGGAAUGAGAUUGAAAGCAGAGAGAAUGUUCUCUCUGGGUACCUCAUCCACCCCAGCAUCCUCUGCUGCCAUGGGGUGAGGAGGGGUCGGAUGGGAUGUGGUCGGGGUUGUGUUAUUUUCUCUCUUCACAUUGGAGGUUCUCAAGAAUGUAGACUGUGCCCUUCACCUAUUCCCUGCCCCUUGGUAACAUGGUAUUGCUUUCCAAAGGUACUAAGUGGAGUUUCAUAUAGAAAACAGGACUCCUAGGCUCCAGAGCCUCAGCCGGCUCAUUGCCAGCUCAGCCCAGCCUUUGUACCGCUCCUCAAGCUGAUGGUGAAGGGGCCAGAGCACUGGCCUGCAAAUCGGACCCAGAGGGAUUUAAGUCUCUGCUGCUUCUUAUUUGCUUAUACAUGUAUGCCUAGUCUUUGAGGCUCAGUUUCUCCAUGUGAGCAAUGGAAGUGAGGACCCUGACCUCCCACAGGGGGCUUGUAAGGGAUAAUGUGGUGUUGAGAGUUGGGUGAGCAGAGCCAGGCAUUACUGCAGGGUUGGGACAUGAGGCCCCCUAACCUCCCCCCCCCAGAGAAAUCAUACCAAUAGCACAAUGGGGGGAGACUAUUCACAAAGCAUGUGGAUUCGGUCCCUCGGCUGUGGGCCAACUGAGCAAUGAGACUGGGCAGCAAAGGGAAGGAAUAUGCUCUAAGUCCUGGAAAUCAUCUAUCCACCCCCAUUUAAUGCCCAGUCCCUCUCUUGCCAGUUCACAGAUGGGCUGGGGACGUUAACUCAGUGCAUGUUUGAAGGCCAAGUAUGCGUAAACUAGAGGAACAGAAAGUCAAAUCUUUGAGGGAGAAGAGUGUGGGCUCUGGACAACCUGCUGGCUGCGGGUUAAAUCGGGUCGCUUUAGCCCUGUGCCUCCGCUGUCCUGCCUGUGGGAUGGAGGUUAUUGUAUUGGCUUCCACCUGAAGUUCUUGGGGCGAAUACAUGAGCUCCGAGGUAAAGGGCUUACUUAGCACUUAGGCCAUGCUCAGUAGGUGCUAAUCAAAAUAAUGCUGUGAUCUUGGUGUUUUAACUUUGAAUCCAUGGAGAGCGUGAAGGUCAGGGAUGCUCCCUGGUCCACUCUUGCUUUGAGUUUCAGGUAGCCUUUCUCUCCCCCGUGUGGCUGGAAGGCGAACCUCUUGCCCCCGCUGUCCCUUCCUGGGGGCCUCAGCAUCCUGGCUGUUGCGACUGAGCUGCAUUUCCACCUGGAGGUGUGAGUCUGCUGGCCACGGGGCUGCCUCGAAGGAGACCUGGUGGCUGCGGACUCCCCGGCUUGGAGCAGCCCCUCUUUGACCUCGAAAGGUGGAGAAGCAGCCCCAUGAAGGUGCCCAGCCAUGCAAUGUUCCUGGAAGGCUGUCCUCCUCCUCGCCCUGGCCUCCAUCGCCAUCCAGUACACGGCCAUCCGCACCUUCACCGCCAAGUCCUUCCACACCUGCCCGGGCCUGGCUGAGGCGGGGCUGGCCGAGCGGCUGUGUGAGGAGGGCCCCACCUUCACCUACAACCUCUCCCGCAAGACCCACAUUCUCAUCCUGGCCACCACGCGCAGCGGCUCCUCCUUCGUGGGCCAGCUCUUCAACCAGCACCUGGACGUCUUCUACCUGUUCGAGCCCCUCUACCACGUCCAGAACACGCUCAUCCCCCGCUUCACCCAGGGCAAGAGCCCCGCGGAUCGGCGGGUCAUGCUGGGCGCCAGCCGCGACCUCCUGCGGAGCCUCUACGACUGCGACCUCCACUUCCUGGAGAACUACAUCAAGCCGCCGCCCGUCAACCACACCACGGACAGGAUCUUCCGCCGCGGGGCCAGCCGGGUGCUGUGCUCGCGGCCAGUGUGCGACCCCCCGGGCUCUGCGGACCUGGUGCUGGAGGAAGGGGACUGCGUGCGCAAGUGCGGCCUGCUGAACUUGACGGUGGCUGCCGACGCCUGUCGGGAGCGCAGCCAUGUGGCCAUCAAGACAGUGAGGGUGCCUGAGGUUAACGACCUGCGGGCCCUGGUUGAAGACCCCCGGUUAAACCUCAAGGUCAUCCAGCUGGUGCGAGACCCCCGUGGCAUUCUGGCUUCCCGCAGCGAGACCUUCCGCGACACGUACCGGCUCUGGCGGCUCUGGUACGGCACCGGGAGGAAACCCUACAACCUGGACGUGACGCAGCUGACCACGGUGUGCGAGGACUUCUCCAACUCCGUGUCCACCGGCCUCAUGCGGCCCCCGUGGCUCAAAGGCAAGUACAUGCUGGUGCGCUACGAGGACCUGGCCAGGAACCCCAUGAAGAAGACCGAGGAGAUCUACGGGUUCCUGGGCAUCCCCUUGGACAGCCACGUGGCCCGCUGGAUCCAGAACAACACGCAGGGUGACCCCGCCUUGGGCAAGCACAAGUACGGCACCGUGCGCAACUCGGCGGCCACGGCCGAGAAGUGGCGCUUCCGCCUCUCCUACGACAUCGUGGCCUUCGCCCAGAACGCCUGUCAGAGGGUGCUGGCGCAGCUGGGCUACAAGAUGGCCACCUCGGAGGAGGAGCUCAAGAACCCCUCCGUCAGCCUGGUGGAGGAGCGGGACUUCCGCCCUUUCUUGUGACAAGGGCUCCGCCGGUGAGGCCGAGGGGCACCUGGUGUCGGUUUUGAUAAAAUGGACCAUUUUUAACUGUUGCCUUAUUUCCCCCUCCCUCUCCCACACUGUCUUUGUGUCCUUCUGCCCACCCCACAUUUCCUUCUGCCUCUUUUGUCUCUGAAAUUUGCACUAUGUCUUGGACAGGAGUCGCUGGGGCAGAAGGGGAGUGAGCGGGGUGCAGCCUCCACCGCACCCCACUCAGACACACGGACACUGGGUGUCUGUGUGGAUGGUGACCAUGUUUACAAGCACCGCACUCACACAUGCACCUACAUGCACACGCGGGUGCGCACAGGGGAGAGGCCCCGAGCCACACAACUCCCUAAGCGCUCUGAGUGGGCGAGUGGUCAGGGAAUGGUAGUUUUGGCCCUGUCUAACUUCUACAAGGUAAGAGGUUAAAGAAAAGGCCUCCUCCCUCUAAUUUAUGAAUGGUGUCUAUCCCUCCUCACCCCGCUUCCUGCCCCCCCGCCCACUGCCCCCUUUGGAGCAUAGAAACUGCCCCUCCUGCCCACCCUUGCUUGUCGGUGAGCAGGUUUUUACUGUGAGGUGAAUGUGGACCUUGUUUAUUUUUUCCAGACUGUGGCGAUGCUGUCUGUCUGUCUGUCUGAGUCUUGUGGCUGCCCCUGGACCAGUAAUGACUGAUAAAUCUUAUGGGUUUCUGAUUGAUCUUGGGGUCCAUCUGUGAUCUUUUCUUUGUGCCAAAAAGAAAAAAAAAGAGUGGAUCGGUUUGCUAAAUGAACAUGGAAAUGCUUUAUCUGUGUUUUAUGUAAAUAAAAGAGUACAAUAAUA